UAAAUUUAAAUACACAAUUAAUAUAAUUUAAAACUAACAAAACAUACGCAAAUUAUAGCCAAAACCAUGAUAUUAAAAUUUAUUAACUUUUAACUGAUCGCAUUAUAUUGCAUUUUUUAACAAAUUAUAUUACAUUUUAUAUAUUUACUAGUGAUGGCUUAUUCAGCAAAAUCCUCUCAUAAUUCGUUAGAUGGAUCUACUCUAAGUUCCAACACAAUUGAUAUAGAAAAGCAACUAUUCCCUUAUUGCAUUGUUUGGACCCCGAUACCCCUUCUAACAUGGCUUCUUCCAUUUAUUGGGCACAUGGGCAUUGCGAAUAGUGAUGGAAUCAUAUAUGAUUUUGCCGGGCCUUAUACUAUUGGUGAAAGAAAACUGGCAUUCGGGGAUCCUACAAAAUAUUGGCAGCUGAAUCCUAAUUUAGCCAAUAAUGGCAAAGACGGUUUUGAUAAAGGUGUGGAGGAGGGCUGCAAUAUUUAUAGGACUCGAAUGCAUAAUCUAUUGUGUGAUAAUUGCCACUCUCAUGUUGCAAGAUGCUUAAACAUAAUGAACUACGAUAAUUCAAGUUGGAAUAUGGUUAAACUAGCAUUUCUGAUUCUAUUAUACGGAAAAUAUGUUAGUUUUGGCGGUGUCUUAAAAACAUGGAUCCCAUUUUUAUUUAUCGUAUCUGUGUUUGUAACUGUAAGCUUGUUGUUGUAA